CAAUACUACUGGUAGUUCGUGUGGUCUAAACAUUCUUUGUUAUAAAAUUAAAGAAUUGUUGUUCGAAAUAAUACAAAACUUUGGAAAUAAAUCGUUUGAAUAUAGUUUAUCAAUCUUCCAUUGCUUGAAUAUAUUGUAUUUAAAAAGUGUGCAGUUUCAUAAUUCGAAUAUGUAUUACGAGGAGAGCAGUCGUUCAAAUUUGAUUUCUAAUGAAAAUGUAAAAUAGUCGUUGAUCUUCGAAGCGAUACUUUAACAAAACCAACUAAAAGAAUGAGAGAAGCUAUGUUUAAUGCAGAAGUCGGAGAUGAUGUUUUCGAAGAAGAUCCAACAUUGAAAAAGUUGGAAGAAAAAGCAGCUGAAAUGGUCGGAAUGGAAGCUGCAAUAUUUGUAUCCUCCGGAACUAUGGGUAAUUUAAUUGCUAUAAUGAAUCAUUGCGAAGUGCGUGGCUGCGAGGCGUAUUGCGGUGAUGCCGCGCAUUGUUUGCUACACGAGCAGUGCGGUGCUUCGCAAAUCGCCGGAGUAAGUCUUAGACCAUUGCGGAACAAUUCUGAUGGCACGUUCGAUCUUGGCGAACUGAAAUCUAAACUCCGGAAAGACCGACACCACGAGCCAAUCUCUCAACUGGUUCUUGUAGAAAAUACACUGAACGGAAAGAUUGUUCCGCAAAGGUGGAUCGAGGAGUUGGUAACUUUUUGCAAUGAACACAAUUUAAAGUUACAUAUGGAUGGAGCAAGAUUGUGGAACGCGUCUGUAGGAUCAGAGAUAUCCGCGAAGGAGAUCGUUUCGGGCUUCGAUUCCGUUACUUUCUGUCUCAGCAAAGGUUUAGGUGCUCCGGUGGGUUCUCUUCUUUGCGGGAAUAAGAAAUUUGUUACCAAAGCGAGAAGAACGAGGAAGGUAUUGGGUGGUGGAAUGAGGCAAGCCGGUAUUCUUGGCGCGGCCGGGCUCGUAGCUCUCCAAGACACGAUUCCAAUAUUAAAAGACGAUCACAGGAGAGCUUUCCUUCUUGCCUCUUCGAUAAAUAAAAUUCAUUCGACGAUAUUCACGGUUGAUUUAAGCACCGUGCAAACGAACAUGGUUUUCGUAAACGUUGAUUCCAAUGUUGUUUCCGGGGGGAAAUUUGCUAGUCGAUUGCGAGAAAUUCGCGACGACGACAAAGAGGACAAAAUUAUUGUAAAAUGUUUGCCGCUAAGCGAGUCGUUCGUGAGAUUUGUAUUUUCUUAUGAAAUCACGGAUACUCAAUUAACAUUGGCCAUUCGAAAAAUCAGUUACAUUAUCAAAAAAUUGGACCCCAACGUUUGAUUAUUAUC